UUAUUUUAUAGCAAUACAAGCAAAGCCCUCUGUUGAUAGUCUGCUUAGCAGCCGCUUUUAACUCUGUUGAUAGCUGUAGGUUUUUUGCCGCUCAAUUUUGGGAGACUGGAGCACACUUGGAUGUGUUGUGAACAAAAUGGCGGCCCCCUCGCGUUUUCUUGAAUGAUCGUAAUUUGUGCGUGAUGAUCUAACAGACAGCAUGUUGCGGCUUUUCAGGGUUGCAUCGGAAAGCCAUAUGUUCUGCCGACUUGCCGCCAAGAUGCCAAAGCUGAAUGCCAUGUCAAAGCCAGUUAUGAGUGCCACAGGGAAGUUCAUGCCACGACAUCUAUCCAUGAUGGCUCUUGAAAAUGAUCUCCCUAAACUGCCAGUCCCCGCCUUAGAUGACACAAUGGACAAGUAUUUAAAUGCCAUUCGUCCACUCAUAAAUGAUGAUGAUUUUGAAAACACCCAAGAGCUUGUGAAUGAGUUUAGAAAGAAAGAUGGCAUUGGAGAGAUUCUACAGGAAAAACUACUUGAAAAAGCUAAGAAGACUGAUAACUGGAUGGCUGAAUGGUGGGACAAUAUUGCAUACCUCGAUGUGAGGGUACCAGUUGUAAUAAACUAUAAUCCUUCAUGCACCUUCCCCAAGGAGAACUUCUCAGAUAGAUUUGAUUUCAUCCGUUACUCGACAAGACUUAUACGAACCGUCUUGAAAUUCAGGCAAAUGAUUGACAGUGAACAGUUGAGCAUUGACAAGAUGGGUAACAAACCCCUCAACAUGUACCAGUAUAAACUUUUCCUCUGUGGAUGCCGUGUCCCCCAACUCAACAGAGAAAAGUAUUAUGUGGCAGCAAAAGGACAAGCCAAGCAUAUUGUUGUUGCUCAUAGAAAUCAGUUCUACUCAGUUGAUGUGUACGACAGUAAAGGACAACCUCUUGGGGAGUCUGAGAUAGCAGCCCAGCUACUGAAGAUUGUACAGAACACAGAACCAGAGGAACCUCCCGUGGGGGUAUUCACCAGUGAGAAUAGAGAUGUGUGGGCCAAGGAAAGAUACGCAAUGGCUAAAGAUCGCAAUAACAGAGCCAACUUUGAGAUGAUUGAGAGCAGUAUAUGCAUUCUGUGUCUGGAUAAACCCUGUCCUCCAUCAACACAAGUCCCAAGUAUCACAGAGUGUCCAUCGGACUCCGUCACAGGAAGGCAGACGCUGCAUGGCGAUGGUAUCGAGUAUAACAGCCUUAACCGGUGGUUUGAUAAGCCUAACCAGUUCACAGUCAGUGAAGAUGGCCAUUGUGGAGUGUGUUAUGAACACACCUGUGCCGAGGCUCCAACAGUAGGGAGAAUGUGGGAAGAAAUCAUGAAAGAAAGAAAAGACUACAAAUCCAUUGAAGUAAAAGAUAGAUCUGAUCUCCCUGUGCCUAAAAAAAUGAAGUGGAACCUGAAACCCAGUAUUUUGCAAAACAUGGAGACCGCUAAGGAUCGUCUCGACAGUUUUGUGAAGGACACAGAUGUCCGGUUGUUUUCAUAUCAAGGCUAUGGUAAAAACUUUAUCAAGUCCCUCAAGCUAAGUCCAGACGCCUGGUUCCAGAUAUCACUUCAGCUGGCGUUCUACAGGCUUCAUGGACACGUCGCCCCAGCGUACGAGACUGGCUCUACUCGCCAAUUCAAGCUCGGCCGAACAGACACGAUCAGGAGCGCAUCUAUCGCCACGCACGAGUUUGUCAGGGCGAUGACAAGUAAACACGCCUCGAGAGCUGAGCGUUAUGAAUUGAUGAGAAAAGCGAUCAACUAUCACUCUACGUACACCAAAGAGACCCUUGACGGGAAGGCUGUGGAUCGACAUUUGCUGGGUCUCAAGCUGACCGCCGUCGAAUCAGGCAUCACGCUACCCGCCAUUUUCAUGGACCCAAGCUAUCAGUAUUUCUUCCACUUCAAGCUUUCUACUAGCCAGGUUCCACUAGAGCACGAAAGCUGGGUAGUGUUUGGACCCGCAGUGCCUGAUGGGUACGGGAUCUGCUACAAUCCACAGCCGAACAAAUUAAUGUACAGCGUCUCGACCUUCAACAGUAACCCAGCAACGAACCCAGGCCACUUCGCGGCCGCAAUGCAGCGAAGCCUCGAUGAGAUGCAGUUGCUAGGGACGAUAUCAAAAAUAUAAAAGAUGCGCGGGAAAUCUUAGCGCCACGCGCGCGCGCAUUUCUUUUUGCCCUGCUAAAAUAACAUAAAAAGCUCACACCAAAUGGUCGGUCCGAUUCUGUCAUUCCCCCAAAGGUGUUUAUUUUAUUUGUAAUUGAAACAGAAGCAUUGUACAUGCAUAUUACUUUAAAUGGCAACUCUAAAAAUAUGCACGUGCGUAGAAAUGAGCGCGACUCAGUCUGAAAGGAAGAGUGCGUUCGAAACUGUGUGCAUGUAAAAAUAUGUACGUCUACCGUUUAGACGAAAAUAAAAAGAUAAUGUUUGCCA